UUGUAAACACGGAGGUGACAGACCCGCUCGCCCCCCGCUUGUCGCGAUAGAACAGGAGCUGCCACAGGAUUAGGGGCUGCCAUGCCGUGGUAUCCUCUCCCCGUGAGUGCCCGGUAACAUGGCGGAGCGUGUACCACCGUAACAUUGCCUGUGUCAGUAUGAGAGGCUGGAGGACCCGCAAGGACAGCAGCCCCCACAGCCCAGAUACAUGGCAGUCACCAAAAUAUGCAGUACAGAAGAGAGAAAUGUUAUAGCAUGUAAAGUGGAGAAGAAGCUUGGCAUGAAAAUGACCUAACAAAGGUAAUCACAAGGACCUGGGGAAUAUGAGUGAUGACAGACCUUUUGUAUGCACUGCCCCUGGAUGCGGCCAGCGUUUUACCAAUGAAGAUCAUUUGGCCGUACACAAGCAUAAACAUGAGAUGACACUGAAGUUUGGACCUGCUCGGAAUGACAGUGUAAUUGUCGCAGAUCAAACACCAACACCGACUCGGUUCCUGAAGAACUGCGAGGAAGUAGGCCUGUUCAAUGAGCUUGCAAGUCCAUUUGAAAAUGAUUUCAAAAAGGGUUCUGAUGAUGACAUUAAGAAGAUGCCCUUAGAUCUAUCUCCUCUAGUAACACCUGUUAUAAGAAGCAAAAUUGAAGAACCAGCUAUAGUUGAAACAACUCAUCAAGACAGUCCAUUACCUCAUCCAGAGUCCACCACAAGCGAUGAAAAGGAAGUGCCAUUGCCAACUGCUCGGCCUACAUCUACCAUUGUUCGUUCCCCAUCACUACAAGUUCCCAACGUGCUGCUUACAAAUUCGGACUCAAGUGUUAUUAUACAACCGGCAAUACCUUCACCAACAUCCAGCACUGUAAUCACCCAGGCUCCACCUUCUAAUAGACCCAUAGUACCAGUUCCAGCUCCUUUUCCUCUAUUGUUACAUCUACCUAAUGGACAAACCAUGCCUGUUGCUAUUCCUGCCUCAAUCACAAAUUCCAAUGUACACAUACCUGCUUCAGUCCCAAUUGUCAGACCGGUCACCGUGGUGCCUACUGUCCCUGGAAUUCCAGGACCCCCAUCUCCACUGCCUGUCCAAUCAGAAGCAAAACUGGAGAAGACAGAUACAAAGAGACUGAAAGCUGCUCUGACGCAGCAACAUCCUCAGGUAACAAACGGUGAAAGCACCAAGGGACAGGCAAGUGGAAUUGUAAGGACUCCGUCAGAGGAAGCUCAACCACAAUCCCUCCAGCAGCCCGCCACCUCAACUACUGAGACACCGGCAUCUCCAGCUCCCCCCGCACCACAAACUCAAAGCACAGGGGGGCGCCGGAGGAAAGCAGCAAGCGAUGACCCAGAUGAAAAAAGGAGGAAGUUUUUAGAACGGAACCGUGCAGCCGCUUCCAGGUGUAGGCAGAAAAGGAAAGUGUGGGUGCAGUCCCUGGAAAAGAAGGCGGAGGACCUGAGUUCAUUUAAUGUGCAGCUACAGAAUGAAGUCACCCUGCUGAGAAAUGAAGUGGCACAGCUGAAACAGCUUCUUCUGGCUCAUAAAGAUUGCCCUGUAACCGCCAUGCAGAAGAAAUCUGGCUAUCAUAAUGCUGAAAAAGAAGAGAGCUCAGAAGACAUCUCAAUGCCUGGUAGCCCGCAGACAGAAGCAAUUCAACACAGUUCAAUCAGCACUUCCAAUGGCGUGAGCUCCACCUCAGUGGCAGAAGCAAUAGCGACAUCUGUUCUCACCCAGAUGGCAGACCAGAGUACAGAACCAGCCGCUUCACAUGUUGCUCUGGCCCCGCCUCCGGCCCAACCUUCAGGAAGUUGAUUAAAAAUCUGUGUAUUGCAUCAUGUCUUUACAAACGAAUUGUGACUUUAUAGGGGAAAACCAAUGAAAUGCCACUCUUUAUUUUAGGAGCUGAAGAAUAGUCUAAAAUCCCAUUUUACUUUAAACAUUGUAUCCUCUAUGAACAAGUUCUGCUCUUGUUCAGGAACAAUAGUUUUAGUUUUUUUCUAAUCUAAUUUAACAAUAUAUUUUUUGUCUUCAACCAUUUAAUUUGUUCCUUUCUCCUCUGAACACACAGACACACACAUACACAUAUGUGCGUGUGGGAGCUUAAAAAUUUGCAACCUGACAUUUGUUACUAUACAAUGGGUCUCUACUAAGACCCAGAGAAGGAUAUAUGGUAAUAGUAUUUUCUGUAUCACGUUUUAUACCAAAGUUCUGCAUAGUCCCUUUUGAUCUUGAUUAUUUCCAAGGUCAUAAUGCACUAGGCAUGAGAAAGAAAGACAAGACACUUUUCUUUUUAAUCUUUUUGCCUUUUUUUAUUUUUUAUUGUGUACAGCUGGUAAGGGAGAAUAAUGGGACACACUUUAAUAUUUUUUGUGUUUUAGACUUUUUUUAUUUACUUUUUUUUAAUUGUAUAUGUUAUGUGACUUAUGAACGUUUUAAUGGUCGGGAUAGUCACCUUACUUUAAUUGUAUUAAUGUAGGGGGGAGGGAGGAACAACUUUUGCUACUUAUUUGCAAAAGCUGUAGUCUAAGUGCAAUUCUUAAUUUUUUUAUUUUUUAUUUUUUUUGUCUUUUUGGUAUUUUAUUUUUUAUUUUUUUGCAAGCCUACUGAAAAUUGUGAAAAGAAAAUAAUACCGUUGAGUGCUAGUUUAUUAGUAACAAGUAGAAUAGUUUCUGGAAUUUCACAAUGAUGUGCUUCACUGGCUCCCCGACCUUAUGUUUACUAUGUGUGACUGCCAGAAACAGCCUAAAAACCUACAUUAUACAAUUCAGAACAUAUUUUUGGCGUUGUGUUUGCAAGCUAAAUUGUACUUAAUCUUGUGUAAGCACUAUCAUCUUUCUGUAGCAAACUUUUGAUACAUAUCUUGUAGAGAAACAAAUCAGUAUCUUAUCUUGGAAAUGUUAAUAUAAUGUAAAUGUGUGAGAGUCAGGGAAUGGGAAGGGGUAAUUGGGGGUGAGAAUGGGACGCAGAUUAAGCCAGCAAUCUAUGCUUGAAUGUUUUUAAGAUGCCUUCAAUGUGAUGCUGGCCUAUGGAAGACUGCAGGUAUAAAUUAAAAAUGUGUGUUGUAUGAUAACGGACAUUCCAUGACAUAAGAUAGUUUGUGUUGGAGGAGAUGAUUGUAACGUACACAUUCUCAUAAUUGAGGUUGCGUGCAGGAUAUUGAAUCCUCUUAAUGUGCCAUUAUCUAUUUUGAUUCACAAUGCAAUAUUUCAAGAAUCACUAGUAGAGUGUUUACGUAAUUUUAAAUCGCUUUACGAAAUUCUCAUGUAUAUAAUCAAAAUUUUCAGAACCUACAUACAUGCAACAGUUACGUUAUUUCCCUUUGUUCUCAAGAAUUGUCAUGUAGCCCUGUUGAACUAAAUAUUUUAUUCAAAAUUAAAGAAUUUAGAUGGUGGUUUUAGGAGAUCUAUGUUUAAGACAGACUUUAAAAUAAAUCAGUUUGCAUCAAUCAUGUUUUAAUUUGUACAGCUGUAAGCCAGCAUGAAUUAAAUCACUGGGUACAUUAGCAGUGAUCCAAGCUGAGGACAGUGCACUACUUUUUAUUAUUAAUGUUUAAUUCUCCUGCUAAAGGGAUGUACAAUGCAUUGUUUUGUCUAAUGCCAAUUAACCUCAGCUACAUAAAAAUGUGAAUUUUGCAGGAAAGCUUUAUAUUAUUUGUUUUUAAAUUAAUUUGUGAACUAUUUGUUCUUAAACUCUAAUGCAGACACUUCUCACUUUAUUUGUACAUUUCAUUUUUUUGUGUUGUAUUAUAAAAUUGUCACAGCUGUAAAUUAAAAUAACAUCAUGUACGUAUGAAGAGUAAAUGUUUUUGGUGAAUGGUGUUAGUUCCAAUAUUAGAAAAAAAAAUAUGUAUCUGUGUUACGCAAAUAAGUGAAUAAAUCAUUUGUUUUGAAGUCCAUUCCAUGACAUGUCUAUACGUAGCAGUUUCUAAUAUUUGGAUUUAACAUUUCACAAACUGUACGGCUUAACUUUAAGUACAGUUUGCAUGAGUAAAUUAUGUAUAAAAAUAAAAUGUUAUUUAAAAUUGUUUUUAUUUUUAAUAAUCUUAUUCAGUUACUGUAUUUCCAUGGUUUACAAAUGUCUUUAUGAUCUGUCUAGGAGGCAAGCACAUAAAUGUACAUUGAAAUAAACAUUUUAAAAAUUAAA